ACCGCGGGGUAGCUUAGGUAUUUUGUUUAGUUAUGUUUUUUUUACACAAAAAAAAAAAAACUUUGAGAUUCCUUUCUGCUUUCCGACAAGAAGCUUAAAUUAUCCUUAUAAUUUUUAUUUAACAUUUAGAUUUGCCAAAACCUAAUUUUUGUACUAAAAACUUAUCCAUCAGUUGUAUUGACUUUGAGAACGAAGCAGAUAAUUCCUCAAUUUAUUCAACACCUAUCAUAACUUUAUUAUGAAGGCGAAACACAGAGAUUUCAUUUCCAGUGAGCGGCAACCAUGGCUGUUUAACUCAAUCCUUGGUUAAUUCAUACAGCCUACAGUACUUGUAUAUAUAUAUAUAUAAAAAGUGGCUUUUCGUACACCCACUAAAACUUGAGCUUCCUUUAUACUCAAAAAGAGUUAAAAGUAAAGCAAGCACGCCUCCUUCUUCACCCUUUCUACUUUAACUCCUGCUCAGUCGUCCCUAAUUUUGUGGGCCAUCUCUAUUUUUUACUACCAUCAUCGCCUUUUUGUGUUCCGAUCGAAAGAUUCUGCUUCCGUUCCAUGGACUGUGGAACCGCUGUGGUGGUUGAGAACAUUAUCUCUUCUCUCCUUGAGAGUUUGUCCGAGGAACUGGUCUCCCCUAUGUUGCUGGAGUUUGCUAGCAAAGAAAAGCUCCAUAACCAUUUCAAUAAUUGGCAAACCAUUCUCCUCAAGAUCCAGGCCGUGCUCGAAGAUGCAGAGGAUAGGCAGUUCACUGAGCGUCUCGUUAAGAUAUGGCUUAACGAACUCAAAGACUUGGCCUACGAUCUCGAGGAUGUGCUUGAUGAUUUUUCCACGGUGGCUCUGCGUCAAAAGUCAAAGGAAGAAAGUCAAACAAUUAUCGGCAAGAUACGAAAAUACAUGUAUUCCUUUUUCGAUCAAUUUACUUUUAAAUACUCAUUGGCAGCUCAAAUAAAGGAGAUAACCGCAAGAAUGCAAAAGGUUGUUAAGCAGAAAGAUGAACUUGGUUUGAUAGAAAGAAUUGGGGGUAGCCGUAAUAGGGGGCAGCGAAGGAUUGCCAGUACUUCUUUAGUGAAUAAAUCUCUUGUGUUUGGCAGGGAGAGUGAUAAAGACUUCAUUAUUAAUAAACGUCUUUUCGGGGAGGAAGAAUCAUGUGAGGGUGGGGUUCGUGUGAUUCCCAUAGUUGGAAUGGGGGGCUUGGGGAAAACUACUCUUGCUCAGCUCGUUUAUAAUGAUGAUAGAGUUAAGACUUUCUUUAAAUUGAGAGCUUGGGUUUGUGUUUCUGAGGAAUUUGAUAUUGUUAGGGUGAUGAAAACGUUGUUAGAAUCAUUGACUUCAAUGGCUUCAGAUAAGAAUGACUUGAACGAGCUGCAAGUUGAAGUGAAGAAGAAGCUGUCUAAGAAUAGAUUUCUGAUAGUUCUAGAUGAUGUUUGGAACGAGAACUAUAACGACUGGAUGGCUCUUCGCAGUCCUUUUGAAGCAGGUUCUCCAGAAAGUAAAAUCAUAGUUACAACCCGUAAUCAACAAGUUGCAUCAAUGAUGGGAACUGUUUCUGCUCACGACUUGAAAGAAAUGUCGUAUGAUCAUUGUUUGUCUUUGUUCGCACAACAUGCUUUAGGGAGUACAAAUUUUGAUAAUCAUCCAAAUUUAAAAGUAGUUGGUGAGGCAAUUGUGAAAAGGUGUAAGGGCUUGCCUUUGGCUGUGAAAACCCUUGCAGGCCUAUUGCGCUGCAAGACAGGUUAUCAUGAAUGGGAAGAUAUACUGAAUAGCAAGAUAUGGGAUUUACCAGAAAAAAAUUGUGAUAUUCUACCAGCCCUGAGGUUGAGCUACUAUUAUCUUCCUUCUCAUUUGAAACAAUGUUUUGCUUACUGUUCAUUGUUCCCCAAGGACUAUGAAUUUCAAAAGGAUGAAGUAGUUCAUUUAUGGAUAGCUGAAGGUUUUAUCCAUCAACCAAAGGGAAUGAAGGAAGUGGAAGACUUGGGUUCUGAGUAUUUUCAUGAUUUAUUAUCAAGGUCCUUUUUUCAACAAUCAUGUGUUAGUAAAUCUUGUUACAUGAUGCAUGACCUCAUCAACGAUUUAGCUCAAUAUGUUGCUGGGGAAGUUUGCUUUAGGUUGGAGGACAAGGUUAAUAGCAAUGGGCAGUACAAUGUUUCUGAGAGGGUUCGACACUCCUCAUUCAUUCGUCAGAAGUAUGAUGUCUUCAGAAAAUUUGAACCCUUCUACAAAACAAAAUGCUUAAGAACAUUCCUAGCUUUACCUGUCUUUGUGCCAGAUCUGGAAGUAGAAUGCUAUUUAACUAAUAAAGUGUUCCAAGACCUGCUGGCAAAACUUGGUUGCUUAAGGGUACUAUCUUUGACUGGUUAUUGCAUCAGUGAGCUGCCAGAUUGUAUUGGCGAUCUCAGUCACUUACGGUACUUGAAUCUGUCUCGCACUAAAAUUAGAUACUUACCCGAGUCACUGUGUGCUCUCUGCAAUUUACAGACAUUAGACUUGAGUCAUUGUAAGAAACUUACUACAUUGCCUCAAGGAAUGGGGAAUUUAAUUAGCCUCCAUUAUCUAAAUAUUGUACGAACUGAUAAUAUGACAGAGAUGCCACUUCAUAUCGGUAAGUUGAUCAAUCUCAAGAAGCUGUCAAAGUUUAUUGUGGCAAAAGGCAAUGGGCGUAGGAUAACAGAGCUGAAAGGCCUGUCUCAUCUUCAAGGGCAGCUUUCAUUAUAUGACCUGCAAAAUGUGCCAGAGAUUCGAGAUGUAAGGGUUGCCAAUUUAAAGGAGAAACGUGGACUUGAUGAUUUAGUAAUGAAAUGGAGUAGUGCUCCGAACAAUAUUCAGAGUGAAGUAGAUGAAUUUGAAGUUCUUGACAUGCUAGAACCCCAUCAAAAUCUAAAGAAACUCAGCAUAUUCUUUUAUGAAGGAUCAAAGUUCCCAUCUUGGAUUGGGAAUCCUUCUUUUGUUAAUAUGGUGUACCUAAAUCUCUGUGAUUGUUCAAACAUCACAUCAUUACCUUCACUUGGGAGAUUACCUCUCCUCAAGGACUUACACAUUGAGAGAAUGUGUGGAGUAAGUCUGGUGGAUUCUGAAUUUUACGGGGCUACUCCUUAUUCUGAUAAGCUUUUUCCAUCCCUAGAGACUCUAACAUUUGGAGAAAUGUCGGAGUGGGAGGAAUGGCUUCAACCUUUGGAGUUUGAAGCUACAGAAAAAAUAUUUCCUUAUCUUCAUGAACUUGUGUUGCAGAGUUGUCCAAAGUUGGUAGGCAAUUUGCCCAAGCUGCUUACUUCCCUCAUAAAGCUUUCCAUUUUUGAGUGCCCAUUGCUCACAGCACCAAAUCUGAGUCUCCCUUCUCUUCGUGAGUUGAAUUUAGAACAAUGUGAUGAGCGGUUUCUUACAAGAUUCAAGGACCUCACUGCUCUCACUAGGUUGAAGAUUGAGAACAUUUCCAAUCUUUCUUGCUUACCCCAAGACUUUACCUGCUUGGUAUCACUGGAAGUUCUUGAAGUUCAAGAUUGUGGUGAACUGAGAUCCCUGUGGCAAGAAAGUGCCGGAUUUAAAAACCUUUCUUGUUUGAAGCGCUUGGCAGUCAUGAAGUGUCCUCAACUGUUGCAGUUGAUAGAUGAAGAUGAAGAGCUGCCCUCCAGCCUAGAGUAUAUUGAAAUAGAAGAUUGCAGUAACCUGGUGAAGCUUCCAAAUGGGAUGCAAAAGCUUAGAACAUUGAAAGACUUAAGUAUUAAAUGGUGCCCCAAACUAUUGUCUUUUCCAAGUGAAAGUUUUCCUUCUCUUCUAAAGAAUCUGGUAAUCUUGGAAUGUGCCUCAUUACAGUCUCUACCUAAAGGACUGGUCCACAAUGGUAGCAGCAGCAUCACCAGAUGUCAUCUUGAACACUUGGAGAUUCUGGGAUGUCGGUCUCUCCGAUUUUUUCCAGCUGAUGAGUUACCAGCUGCUCUUAAGCACCUUGAGAUUUGGGAUUGCAAUUGGUUGGAUUCUAUUCCAGAGAGGUUGCUGCCGAACGGUAGAUCACUUGAAUUCAUUCGUAUUGGAAACUGCAAAAAUUUGAGAGCCUUACCUCAUUGCCUUUCCACCUUUGAACAUCUCACAGAGUUGCAUGUAAAUCAAUGCUCUUCCUUGGAGUAUUUCCCAGAAAGCGGGUUGCCCAUCCAUAACCUCAGAACACUGUUAAUCUCCGACUGUGAGAAUAUUAAGUCCCUACCCAAUCGGAUGCAUGACCUCACAACUCUACAACAUCUGACAGUGUUUGGUUGUCCAUGUAUAGAGACUUUUCCAGAGGGUGGUUUUCCCCCAAACCUGCUAUCACUUACUAUAUUGGGUUGCAAGCAACUCAAGUUACACUUUGCAAUGUGGCACCUGCACAAGCUCACUUUUCUUAAAAACUUAAUUGUCGGUGAUUUUGAUAGGGAUAUGGUUUCCUUUCCAGAAGACUUCACGAUUCCUCCAAAUCUUGUCCACCUUCAAAUCCAGAAUCUACCUAAGCUGAAAUCUAUAUCUGAGGGGCUCCUGGACCUUAUUUCUCUUGAAGCAUUAGAUGUUCGGAAUUGCGAUAACCUCCAGUGCUUGCCAGAAAAGGGCCUGCCUAUCACACUCGGUGUACUUCAAAUCAGAAAAUGUCCUCUACUUGAAGAAGAAUGCCGAAAUGAGAAAGAUUGCAUUUCUAGAUGGAUAGCAAAGAAAGCUGCACAUUGGCCUAUUAUUUCUCACCUUCACUUGUGAGGAUAAGUUAUGUUGACAUCUUCUGAACAAGCACAAGCGGAUUGCAUUCCUAGACGGACAGCGAAAACCAAUUGCUAGUUCCUCCUGUUCAACCAGAUUGCAGGUUGAUCAUCUUUGAUCCUAAAGAAAUGGCUGCUGUUUUACUCAGGAGAUCAUAUGCUAAGUGGUGCCUUCUAAUGUAGUGAUUUUCAGAAGAAAACCAUAAAUGUUUGCACGUAAUUUAGAUUCUUAGCCGAGUAUUGCCUCCUAGUUCUACAUUACCAGAAUUCUAGAUUCCAGCUAUCUUCUGUUUAUAUGAAAUGGAGAAAGUUUAGGAGUUCAGAUGCUAUAAAAGGCAAACUCCUCUGUCGUCACCAUACAGGUAUGGCCAUUAGCAUCGUACUUCUUUUUCAAUAUUAGUAAACCUGCUUGCUCCUUUUUUUAGGUUAACAGAAAAAGGGAAUUUCAGAUGUCAACACUUAACAUUUGAAGCGAAAUUUUGUUGAAAAAAAGAAGAAAAAAUUCUCUCAAAUAUGACCGAACGAGUAUAAUGUGCCAUUCUGACUUCUGAUGUAGAGCUCCAACGUUCCUCGACUCAUCAUUAUUAUAUAUUAAUGCUUUUUCUAACUGUUUAUAUUCUUUUAGUAAAUAGUUGAAGUAUUCGUUAUGUAGUCUAAAAGAUGUUUCUAACUGAAUUGGUGGUUCUCCCCACCUAACCCAGACUAGUAUAAAAUUAUUGUCUGCAGCUGUUUUGUCAUCUUUAUUAUUCAGUGCAAUUUGAAGCAAGUUAAUUUAUAAAA